GGUCUCCCCAGACGAAGAAGUCACUACUCGAUGCGGGGCAGAGGAUCGAACGUAGCCCCAGUACACAUUCCGAAUCUGCAAACUGCCUCUGAUCCUUUACAACGAUGGCAGGAUUCACCGCCAGAAGAUGAGCCGGCUUCGUUGUCAGCGAUCAUGGAAUCUCUGAAAAAGUACCCCUCAGUCUAUGAUCAGAGAAGCGUGUCCAACAGUGGACUGGGAAGCCUGGGCCAACUGCAUGACUCUUUCCGAGGAUACCGACAUCGAACCACAUCAAUUCCCAGCUCACAGAGUAGCGCCCACAGUGUCUCUUCCCAGCCUUCCUCCAUCUCGACCAGAUCAGCAGCCUCCCAGAAGUCUCAGGGCUCGAGAAGAACUCCCCAAAAGCGCACCAAUGGACGCGUGCGCAAAGGCAGAAGUGCUAGGAUGAUUUCAGGGGAAAAGGGCCGAUUAUACUGCUGCACCUUCUGUUGUGAUCAGUUCCGUACCAAGUAUGACUGGGCACGGCAUGAAAAGUCCCUCCACUUGAAUCUGGAAGAAUGGGUGUGUGCGCCGCAAGGUGGGACGGUGAUUUUCCCUCUAUCUGGGGAGAAGCAUUGCUCUUUUUGCAACAUGCAAGAUCCGACAGAGGAGCAUCUCAAGGAGCAUAAAUACGAGGCCUGCAUGAACGGCACGCGCACUUUCCAUCGCAAGGAUCAUCUGGUACAGCAUCUACGACGAACACAUCAUCUCAAGACAUUACCUAAGAUUGAUGAUUGGAAAGUCCAAGGACCAUCCGUUACAUCUCGCUGUGGGUUCUGUGACCAAAGGCUUUCUUCCUGGGACGAGCGAGUCGACCAUCUUAGCAAUCAUUUCCGUAGCGGACUGACAAUGGACGACUGGCAUGGGGACCACGAGUUCCCUCCAGCUAUUGCACAACGGGUUCUGAAUUCGCUGCCGCCGUACCAUAUCGGUUCGGACUCGCGUGUUCUUGUGCCGUUCUCAGCCACAUCCUUUCACCAUUACGACCAUCUUAAUCAAAUCAAAUCACGACUGACGGUGAACGAUUUGAGCGCCUCCGACAAUGUUACUGAAACCGAUAGCCAGCUAGCGUCUUUCGGGGAACAGGUCACUACGGGUUCAUUGGACGAUAUGAUCGAGGUUUUGGUGUUUCACCUGAGUCGCUUCGCACGACAGCAGAUGGAAAGGGGGAUCAUCCCUACAGACGAAAUGCUGCAGCAGGAGUCGAGGAGGCUGGUAUACGACUGUGAAGACUCGUGGAACCAGACUAUUUUUGACAACCCUGAGUGGAUCGCUGCAUUCAGACGCCAACAU